UGAGGGAAGGGGAUGCCUCUUCCUUCCCUUCAAUAGUGGGUUAAACCCAGCUGGCACCCUCCAGAACUACGGGAAAGACAUUCUUCAAGGGAAGGCCACCGUAUCAAAGCCAGGAGCACAGUAUUCCCAGGAUCUCAACAAGAAGGGGCAAACCCAGGUUGCUUCUGAUUCCUUGCAACCUUCUGUAAUUCCAGGCUUGCAGUCCCAAAUUCAGGACCCCAAUCCUCCAGGAGCAAAUCGUUAUAGUAACAAAUUGCCUUCAUCUUCCAUACACCAGCUAAGCAUGUUUAACUACGAACGGCCAAAACACUUCAUCCAAUCCCAAAAUCCAUGUGGCUCCAGACUGCAGCCCCCUGGACCGGAAGCCUCCAGCUACUCAAGCCAGACCAAACAGUCUUCCAUUGUCAUCCAGCCCCGCCAGUGCACAGAGCAAAGAUACUCUGCUUCCUCAACAAUGAGCUCCCACAUCACCAUGUCCUCCUCUGCUUUCCCUGCUUCUCCCCAGCAGCUUGCUGGCUCCAACCCAGGCCAAAGGGUUACAGCCACCUACAAUCAGUCCCCGGCCAGCUUCCUCAGCUCCAUAUUGCCAUCACAGCCUGAUUACAGUAGCAGUAAAAUCCCUUCCACUGUGGACUCCAACUAUCAACAAUCCUUAGUUGGACAACCUAUAAAUGCUAAGCCAUCCCAAAGUACAAAUGCUAAGCCCACACCCAGGACUCCUGACCAUGAAAUACAAGGAUCAAAAGAAGCUCUGAUUCAAGAUUUGGAAAGAAAACUAAAAUGCAAGGACAGCCUUCUUCAUAAUGGAAAUCAACGGUUAACAUAUGAGGAAAAGAUGGCUCGCAGAUUGCUGGGACCACAGAAUGCAGCUGCUGUGUUUCAAGCUCAAAAUGACAGUGAGGCACAAGAUUCACCACAGCAUAAUUCGGCACAUGCACGGUUGCAAGUUCCUACAUCACAAAUAAGAAGCAGAUCAUCUUCACGGGGAGAUGUGAAUGACGAGGAUGCAAUCCAGGAGAAAUUUUACCCGCCUCGUUUCAUUCAAGUGCCAGAGAACAUGUCAAUUGAAGAAGGAAGGUUCUGCAGAAUGGACUUCAAAGUGAGUGGACUGCCAGCUCCUGAUGUGUCAUGGUAUCUAAAUGGAAGACCAGUUCAAUCAGAUGAUCUUCACAAAAUGAUAGUGUCUGAGAAGGGUUUUCAUUCACUCAUCUUUGAAGUGGUCAGAGUUUCAGAUGCAGGGGCUUAUGUAUGUGUGGCCAAGAAUAGAGCAGGAGAAGCCACCUUUACUGUGCAGCUGGAUGUCCUGGCAAAAGAACACAGAAGAGCACCAAUGUUUAUCUAUAAACCACAGAGCAAAAAAGUUUUUGAAGGAGAAUCAGUGAAGCUAGAAUGCCAAAUCUCAGCUGUACCUCCACCAAAACUUUUCUGGAAAAGAAAUAAUGAAAUGGUACGAUUCAACACUGAUCGAAUAAGCUUAUAUCAUGAUAACUCUGGAAGAGUUACUUUACUGAUAAAAGAUGUAAACAAGAAAGACGCUGGGUGGUAUACUGUGUCUGCAGUUAAUGAAGCUGGAGUGAUCACAUGUAACACAAGAUUAGAUGUUACAGCCCGUCCAAACCAAACUCUUCCAGCUCCUAAGCUCCGUGUUCGGCCAACUUUCAGCAAAUAUUUAGCACUUAACGGAAAAGGUUUGGAUGUGAAACAAGCUUUUAACCCUGAAGGAGAAUUUCAGCGUCUGGCAGCUCAAUCUGGACUCUAUGAAAGUGAAGAACUUUAGUCUACAGCCAUACCACCCUGAACACGCCCGAUCUCGUCUGAAAGUGAAGAACUUUAAUAACUUUAACAACAUUGGAAAACACAACUACACUAUUAGUAAUAUAUUCAAUUAAAAUUUUGAAAUAAAUCCAUAGCUGUAUUAACAGAUUAUGGCUUUCAUUAGGUAAUAUAACUAAUGUAAUUUAUAAUAUUAUUUAUCCUUUGACUAUUGCACAUUCUAUCUACUUCUCUGGUUUGUGAAGCCAACAGAAAAUCAGGGUACAUGGUUUGUAAUUGCAGAAGACCACCUUAAAAUGUGGGAUUUUUAACAUUUAAGUCACACAUUUAAUAAUUACAGGUUAUGAAUUAUCAACUUUUUAGACACACCUAAUGCUUGCAAUAAGGUUUAUUGGUACUGCUUUCUCAAUACUGUUUUACCCAUUUUCUCUUAUAGAAAUUCUAACAUGGUAUAGAUUAUCUGAGUGUUCCACAGUUUUAUGUCAAAAGAGAAUAAAAUGUCAAAUUACUUAAAA